CUGUGAAUAUAAACUGGUCGUAUGACCCCUCGCCUGACCCUUUCGACCCUUUUCACAUCUACCUGCGUUUUCAAAUACACUCUGAAAACUUACUCUUGAACCAUUCCAUCAAAUUACUCAUACAACAAACAACAACCAAAAGCAAACAUGUCUGGAUACAACGACGACAGCUUCGGCUCCAGCGGACGCCAGGGUGGUCAAGGAGGCCAGGGCUUCGGCGGCGAUGACAGCUACGGCUCCAGCGGCGGAAUCCAAGGUCAAGGAGGCCAGGGCUUCGGUGACGACAGCUACGGCUCCAGCGGACGCCAGGGUGGCCAAGGCCAAGGCAUCGGCGAUGACAGCUACGGCUCAAGCGGACGUGGAGGUCAGAGCCAAGGUCAAGGCAUCGGCGAUGACAGCUACGGCUCAAGCGGACGUGGAGGUCAGAGCCAAGGUCAAGGCUUCGGCGAUGACAGCUUCGGCUCCUCCGGUCGCACUGGCGGCCAAAGCGGUGGCUUCGGUGGUGACGACAGCUACGGAUCUUCCGGCCGUGGUACUACAGGCGGUGAUCAAUUUGGCUCUGGUGGCUCAACCGGAGCUGAACAGAUCAGCUCUGGCCAAGGAUACAGUGGUGAUGGCACCUAUAUCGGCAGCUCUGGCAAGACCGGACUCCAAACUGGUGGUGAGUUCGGUGGUGACCGUCUAGGAGAUUCCAACAUCGGAGGUGGUGACAACUACGGCUCAAGUGGUCAGACCGGAGGCGGUCUCGGCGGUGAUGACAGCUACGGAUCUUCAGGUCGCACUGGCGGCCAAAGCGGUGGCUUUGGUGGCGACGACAGCUACGGAUCUUCCGGUCAGACUGGCGCUCAAAGCGGUGGUUUCGGCGGUGAUGAUAGCUACGGAUCUUCCGGUCGCACUGGCGGUCAAAGCGGUGGCUUCGGUGGUGACGACAGCUACAGCUCAUCAGGACAGACUGGUGGCGACUCAUACGGUGGCAGCAACCAAAGCGGUCAGAAAGACUCAACCGCAGGCAAGCUUAUGGAGAAGGCCGGUGCCAUCUUCGGCAACAAGAACUUGGAGCAGAAGGGUGCUGAGAAGAGAGGUAUGGGCGGUGACAACUACUAAGUUGCUCACAUGCUGUUGAAACUAGCGACGAUACCAGUGAUGAUGAAAUGAUCCUCGGUGGCAUGACUGCUUGAGCCGGUCCCACCAAAACAGGUCGACGAGCCUGAUUAUUCAUCCAUACGUGGACCAAUGAACAACUCACAUCAAUCAAUAUCAUUCCCCCUUCUCAUGUUGUACAU